UAUUUUACAACAGGAAGUUUUUAAAUGUAAACCGAAAGUAGACCUCAAAUACAUAAAUAAACUGCCACGGAAAUUUAAAGUAUAUUUAUAGAGUGAAAAUUAUCAGCACAAGUGGAGCGACCCUCGUAGAUCUUUCCGAGAGAAAUGCAAUUUUGCAUUUUACACACCUGAAAACCUUUACAAAAUGAACACCAUAGUAGAGCAGUUAAAGAGUAUGAAUGAGAAAGUGGAUACAAUACAAAUGGAAAACAAGUUCAUCAGGAAAAGACUUGCUAAACAAGAAGAAGACAGGGAAAUGACUGAAGAUGAAGUUCAUAAGAUAGACACUCUUUUAGCACAAGUGUUAGACCUAUCAGAGACGGACCGAAAACAGAGCAACGACAUAUCGGAGCUAAUUACAGCAAUACUGACGACGAACGAAAAAGUAGCAGUUCUGACUCAGUCUAUUGGCCAGUUUCAUGAUAACGGUGCGGAUGUAUCUGGGGAAGAUGUUGGGGAAAUUGACCAAUUAGAUGUUGAGGCCAGUGACAGAGAUAUUGAUAAAGCAGAUAACAGUUUGAAUAGCGAGAUCACAGAAGAAUUACCUAGAGCAGUAAGGGAGGAUGAAACAAUUGAAGAGAGAAUGGUCAUCAGCAAAUCGCCAGAAGAUGAAUUCACUGACGAAACACACCGUAUUACUGAACAGACACAGGAUAGCGAAACCAGAAAGGUUUCUGGUAAGUGUGUCUCUGGAGAAGAGACUGGAUUCGACGCUCCAGAUGAGGAGGAUAGGGUAUCCCAUCGACAGGGUUUGGAUACAAAGGAUACGGAAAAUAUGUCAACAGAUCAUGAUAGAGUUUCGAUUUUUGUAGAAGACAAAGCAAAUAGGAUUGAUAUAAAAGGAGUACUAUCAAUGGACGAAACAAGAAAAGGCUCUUUAGAGGAGCCAGAUCUCCGACAUUCGGAAACGAUGGAAGAAAUAUUAACGAGAACAGAAACUACAAGGAAACUGAAGAGAAAAAGAACUCAAAGGGACGUCGAUAAUAGACUUGUCAUAUUAACCGAGGAAUCACAAAACAUUAAAAACAGUGUAAUGAAAACAGACGACGGGGGGAAACAAAAUGUGUCACGGAGCGCAUCCAAGCAGGGGGUGGAAUCCUACAACCAGGAACACAGAAUGGUCAGGGCGGCGCAAACAUUGACCGCGGACGAAAGAAGAGUGAUGACUAUGAUGUCACGUCGAAUCGAAACUGACCAGUGGCUUGCCGAGGCUGCUUCAGCUGCACAAAGAAAUUCUGAACUGAAAUAUCAGCAUGGAAGAGGUCUGGAUACAAUAUUUAUUCUGGACACAUCGGCAAGUAUGGAGGGGGACGGUUUCAGGCAGAUGAAAGGUGUUGUGAUCGACAUUUUGAACGAAUUUGAAAGAAGAUCUGGUUUGGAUACAAAUGUGGGAGUGAUUACUUUUGGACAUGAGAAUGGUUUCUUCCAUUACUGUUCUAACCGCUAUUACGAUAUCAAGAACAGUCUGGACGAACUUCAAUGUAGUGGCCCGUCUCCGAUAGGAGCGGGUCUCCUCCUAUCAUUGGGAACCCAAGGUACAACGGGAAUAUCGGUUAUUGGGAAGUGGCAUAUUCGACCAAGAAUAAUUUUGAUUUCGGAUGGAAAAGUCACGGACCACCACUACCCUGAGGGUCCGGAGGACAUGGAUGGCAACGCCCCAGGACAAGCAGUUGAAGAGUUAGUACAGAUCGUCCAAAGAAUUAGUGAUGCCAAAUCGAUUAUAUGCGUUCCUGUGGGAGAGCCGGACAUGACCGUACUGGAAAUGAUAUCCGGGCUUUCAGUUGGAGGGAAAAUCGUCCAUUUACACGAGGCAAGAAAGAUCGGAAGAUUCCCUGUCAAUGUGAAAAUCGCUGAACAAGUACGUGGAAUAGCGAAUUCCGAGUCAAUGAACAGGUCAAGAUUUCAAACGGUACUGUCUAACUUCCUGACGACGGAUCAAGACCUCACGGAGAGUGACUGGGAUGAUAUCUAUGAGAUGGCCACAGGAUCAGGAGAGGAAUUUAAGUCAAUGGAGGACAUUGUAGAUGAAGAUUUGGACUCACAAUGCCAGGAAAGAAACCCAAAUAUGCCACCCAUUGGCACAAGAGUCAGACGAGGUCCGGGCUGGCAAUGGGACGAUCAAGAUAGCAAUGGUCCAGGAACGGUGACAGGACACUCUAAAAAUCCUGGUUGGAUUUCUGUGGAAUGGGAUACUGGUAAUGGGUUUCAGUACAGAUACGGAGCUGAUGCAUCAUACGACAUAGUUGUCUGCGAUUCACCGAGAGUACUCCUCGAUGAGAUGAUAGCAGUGGGCUGUUUGGUAACUAGAGGUCCAGAUUGGGAAUGGGGAAACCAAGACGGAGGGACAGGGAAUAUCGGAUCUGUGUACCGUGUGGACGACAGAGCAAUUAUCCAUGUUCGCUGGCCUAAUGGUAAUAAAAGUAACUAUCGAUUCGGUUUCGAUGGGAAGUUUGAUGUCACGCUUUGUGAUCCAUUUUCAUCUGAGGUGAAAAGAAAUUUGCAACAACAGAAUCCAAUGGCAUUGGCCAGCAGCCACACCACUGUACCAGAAACAAGCUUUGCAGAAUCAACCAAGAAUAUUGAUAAAAAAGCAGAGAAGCCGGAAUCCUCCACAGACAGGCAGGAAACUCUCACAUUGGAUGACAUCAGACGUACCAAUGAUUCCCUGAACAUUAUGGACAUGGCUCCUCCUCGGAAACAUACAGUUUGGGCGGACUUUGAUGGUCCUCUGAAUAUGUCGACCAAUGCUAUCAACAAUAGAAACAGCAGCAGAAACUCUGGAGCGGCAACAUCCACCCCACAUAACAACAGGGAUCCGUCAAAACGAGGUACAUCUGCAAAGGGAGAUAAAAAAGAGCAUACUGGUAACGUACAAAGUGUUCAUUUACAAGAGGACGUUCAAAAUGAUAAAACAUCAGAACAAAAUGUAAGUAAUGUGUCCGAUAGUUCUGGUGCAUCAACAGUGGUGGAUUCCGUCACUGUAAUCACUCAUAGACCUAGUGAAAGUGGUGAGGAAUCUAAACUUGAUGAUCGUUCAAUUCAAAGUAAAGAAAUAGGUGCUCAAAGCAAUCCUGGUGAAAACCAACCUUCCAGAAAUUAUGAAAUUCACACAACUAAUGACAGCCAGAAAACUAAUGACGACAGUAAUGUCAGCAUCCAGGAACAGGAAGUGACCACCGCUAUCUGGGAGUGGAAGGAUUCCGAUGGACAAUGGGUGAAAUAUCCCUCCGACGUGCAAGAGAAGCUGCGGAAAAACUAUUUGAAAAACCCUAAAGCGUCUGUCCUUGUGUCAAUGGAUGAUGUAUGUUUCAGAGUUGUGUUUUCCAAGAACAAACAAAUUAACACAGAGACAAAGGAAACGCUGGAAAUACGAAAAAGUUGACCAAGUACAAAGAUGGAGGAAAUAACACCUACAGAUACUUUUUAUGAAAACUAUUAACUGAUCAUCGUCAGAUCCGGGAAGUGGGGGUGAGAAACACCACGUGCAGUUUUCAAUUUUAUGUGAGAUGUAUCGGUCUAUCCCCAUACAUAUAUUAUGAAAGCAUUGUAACCACCCCUCCCCUUAAAAGUAAUCUUGGAUGUUCUGAUUUCAUAUGCAAAGUAUUAAUGUGGUGGAUCAAAGAGUCAAUGCUUUAACAUAUUGUCAUAAACAUAAUUAUGUACAUUUAUGAUUAUUGCGAGUCUUAUCACCAUGCUAGAUUGUUUAAAUGAUUACUCUAACGGAAUAAUAAUUUAUUUAAAGAUUACUAUUCAUCUGAACAUUUCUUUUUAUAUAAAAAUUUAAGGCAUGCAUGAUUAUAUAAAUAUAUUUAUAACUUUA